AUGCAGAACAAAUACGAGAUCUUCAAAGAACAUAUUCGGGCUCUUCGAGAUACCCCCCUCGAUCCAACUACUACUUAUCGUACCGUUUCAAGUGUAAAUGGACCCCUAGUCAUUAUGGACAACAUAAAAUCACCUAAGUACUCUGAAAUUGUUAAGUUAGCCCUACCAGAUGGUACACAACGUACUGGACAAGUCCUAGAAGUUAGUGGUAAGAAAGCAGUUAUCCAAAUCUUUGAAGGUACAGCUGGAAUAGACACUAAACAUACCUGUGCUGAGUUUACAGGUGAGACUAUGAAAAUGGCCGUUUCAGAAGACCUACUAGGUCGAGUUUUCAAUAGUAUUGGUGUGUGUAUUGAUGGCGGUCCAAAGAUUAUUGCUGAGGAUCAUUUAGAUAUUCAAGGCCAACCAAUUAAUCCUUAUGCUCGUAUCUAUCCUGAAGAGAUGGUACAAACAGGUAUUUCUUCUAUAGACGUAAUGAAUUCUAUUGCUCGUGGCCAAAAGAUUCCUAUCUUCAGUGGAUCCGGUCUACCCCAUAAUGAAGUAGCCGCUCAAAUCUGCCGCCAAGCCGGUUUAGUUAACAAGAAAGCUACAGUUGAUAAGAGUGAUGAUAACUUUGCCAUUGUCUUUGCCGCCAUGGGAGUGAAUGCUGAAACAGCUCGAUUCUUCCGUAAUGAAUUCGAACAGAAUGGAGUACUUGAUCGAACAGUUCUUUAUCUUAACUUAGCUAAAGAUCCAACUAUUGAACGAAUUAUCACCCCUCGUUUUGCCCUUACUGCUGCCGAGUACUUAGCUUAUACUACUGGUAAACAUGUUCUAGUGAUUAUGACCGAUAUGAGUUCAUACGCCGAUGCCCUCCGUGAAGUCAGUGCAGCGCGUGAAGAAGUUCCAGGUCGAAGAGGUUAUCCCGGGUACAUGUACACCGAUCUUUCUACUAUCUAUGAAAGAGCCGGUCGUAUUGCCGGAGUAGAUGGUUCAAUUACGCAAAUUCCUAUUCUGACUAUGCCCAAUGAUGAUAUUACUCAUCCCAUUCCUGAUUUAACUGGGUACAUUACUGAAGGUCAAAUUUACAUUGAUCGCCAACUUCAUAACCGCCAAAUCUAUCCACCAAUCAAUGUUCUUCCUUCUUUAUCUCGUCUUAUGAAAAGUGCUAUCGGUGACCAAAUGACCAGAGAUGAUCAUUGUGAUGUUUCCAGUCAACUUUAUGCCAAGUACGCCAUUGGUAAAGAUGCAAUUGCUAUGAAAGCCGUUGUCGGAGAAGAGUCUCUUUCCAGUGAGGAUAAAUUAGUCAUUGAAUUCGUCGAAAGGUUCGAAAAGGAGUUCAUUGCCCAAAAGAAAACCGAACUCCGUACGGUCGAGCAAUCAUUAGAUCUCGCCUGGUCACUUCUCCGUCUCUUCCCCAAGGAGCAACUCAGUCGAAUUCCCGACUCCAUCCUCGACAAAUACUACAACCGCCAAAGUUCCAACGACUCUUCCCCCCACCAAACCAACUAA